GAGAAAACGCUUGGUCUGACAGAACAAUUAUGCCUUGACCUGCUUCAACUUGGGGUGUUCAAGUUGUCUUGCGGUGAUCGACUUGCGCGUCUCCGAUUCGACACUUUUCUGUCUGACAUCACCUACCUACGAUACUCCAAUUCCAGUAUUGUCUUCUCGUUCGCUACAUCGUCCGUCGGCAGCGCUUUGUUGCAAGAUUGACGCCGGCUCUAAUUCGCACUUACGGCAUGGUUAGUGGCGCGGUCGAAAGAUGGCAUACAAGCGUCCUCGACAGGCCUUCGAGGCCGAUCUUCUGGCGCAAACUUCGCCCUUCGUCGCGUACGGAACGCCGUUACCACCCUUGGAUGACCACACCAGAGACGACGGGUCUUUUGUGCCAAUAUGGAAACAAGAAGUCACAGAUGAGAGAGGCCGGAAACGCUUGCACGGCGCCUUCACUGGAGGCUUCAGCGCCGGGUGAGCUUAUGGAGCGUAAAACACAAGGACAUUAUGACUAAAAAUGGAGGACACAGAUACUUCAAUACGGUAGGCUCCAAGGAAGGUUGGACCCCUUCUACUUUUGUCUCCUCGCGGAAAAAUCGAUACAAAGAUGGCCAAAAGGCUGUGCAGAGGCCCGAGGAUUUCAUGGACGAAGAAGACUUGCGUGAGGUGGAAGAGGCGCGCACUUUAAAUACAUCCAGCGAGUUUGCGGGAUUUGGCACCGAGCAUGAUCCGAGCCGACAGGCGGCGAUGGUAGAUCUCUUCCGACCCUUGAACGAGACAAUUGGUUCGAAACUACUCAGAAGGAUGGGCUGGAGGGAGGGACAAGGGAUUGGACCUCGCGUCAAAAGAGCGGCAAGGCUGGAUGAUGAUGAUGGGGUUGAACCUGCAGAGGAACACCUCUUCGCCCCUGAAGAUGUCCGCAUAGUGUCUUAUGAAAAGAAGACAGAUCACAAAGGUCUUGGAUAUGAAGGCAUGGGCUCCAAAGACCUUGAAGCGACCACUACAUCUCGCAGGAUGCAGGAAGAUAGUGCUAUGCACGAUGAUGCUCCUAAAGAUGAGCUCUCCAGCGCACGCAUCUUCGCCCCGAAAUUCGCCCAGCGAAAAAGGAUGACCGGAAUUGGCGUGGGAAUUCUUAAUGACGACGGUUCUGACGAUGAAGAUCCUUACUCUAUGGGGCCGAGAAUAUCUUACAACAGGGUAAUUGGCGGCGACAAGAAGUCGACGCCAAAGCCAAAGAGAUCGACUACCGCUGCGAAUCCCUUGGUCAAAACUAAGCCAACAUUCAUUUCGAAAAAGUUAGCCAACUUGAAAGGAGCCUUAAGAAAGUGCCACGAUGGUAGAUUGCCUCUAGAAGGAUUCGUUCUAGCGGAACAGCUAGGCACGCUGACCAUCCAGGACGACAAGUAUAAACCUCCCGAUGUCCCAGCUGGAUGGAAGUCGUCUAUGGCCAAGGAAGCCAGCCAUCGCUCUGAGGCGGAGUUCGUCUCAACCGCCGACGCUGCCCGAGCAUCUACUCUCACAGCAAAAUCUCGAGCUAAUAUUUUGGGAGAAUCACAGCUCCCUGGAAAAUCUGUUUUUGACUUCUUGACCCCUGCCGCUCGCGAAAGGAUGGUCGCCGCCUCAGGCCGGCAGGAUCUCCCUGGAGCAGGGAAUGAAGUACCUCCUGAUGGUACUGGAGAGGGAAAAUCUACAUCUACAAACCUACAAAGUCUGAUUCCAAGACUCGCGCCCGAUGUGGCUCUUCAGGCCUUGAGCCGUGGUGCUAGCGGCUGGAUGCCGUAUGCGGAAGACGAAAAUAAGCGCAACCGGUAUCGGGCCUAUCUUGAGAUUCAAGCUGGCAUCGGCAAGUCUGCAGGAAGCGAAGACCUCCCUCCCCGCGCGGAGGGAAUGACACAGGACGACUGGGUAACUGAGAUGAAUGAGUUCGCCCGCGCUGCUGAGGUCUUUAAGCCUAUCAGUGGCGUCAUGGCUAGCCGCUUCACGUCUUCUUCCUCCUUGCCAGCAGCUAAUAACGGAGACCUCACCGACGGCACAAAAGAUUCCUUGCUGUCUAGGCCGGAUACAAAGCCAGAGGAUCCAGCUGUGGCGGCUGCGAAGCUGGGUAUGUUCGGUCCAAUGACCAGGUCAGUGACAAGCUUCUAUCCGACCCGACUGCUUUGCAAGAGGUUCAAUGUGCCAUUGCCGGACCACUCUGCCUCGAUGGCUGGGGGAAUGGGGGCAAGCACUACGUCUGCGGCCGGAGCACAGAACCACACCACAACACAGCCAUCCGGCUCCUUUACGUCAGCUGGACGCCAAAACGAUUCAAAUGAAGUCGGGAAGGUAGAGCACACGUCAAGGGAUGUCGCACAUAGCCUGAGCCAAGAAACAACUGGUUCUGUCCAGGAAAUACCAACGGCAUCUGCUCGGAUCCAACCAGAUCGAAAUGAGGCACUAGAGCAGGAAAGACCCGGGCAGGCUGUAUUUAGAGCCAUCUUCGGAAGUGAUGAUGAGGAUGAUUAGACGGUGUCGUGUAUGUUUCAGGUACUGCUGGAAUAUCACAAUGCUUCGUAUUGAGCGUCACCUUGACAGUAUCGAGGUACUUAAUAGCCAUCCCUCUUGUCAGGAGCAGCCCGUGCACUUCACGUUGCAAGCAGCCAGGCUGGAAAACAACGAGGCUUGAUUCCAUGGGACUGAAUUAAAGUACCACUGUACAUACCUGGUAGUAAGGACAAUGCUCUGAACCGGCACUGCACGCGACACCCCUGACGCUUCGUUCAACUUCAGGCGGAUUAUUCGCGAAUCGGAAAUAACACUUGUAAGGCCGGGGCCGCAAAUAUUU